GUUUCAAGGCUUUGACUAGUUGUACUUUUCCAGACUCUCGCUCGGCUCCCUAAAUUCUUUCUCUUUCAGAGAUUUUUCUCUCUCCUCUGUCUCCUCCGUCUGGUUCUCCGACCAACAACCCCUCUCAUUCUCGCCGGACUUCUUCUCCGGAGACAUCUCUUCCUCUUACUUGCAUCUUUGCUUUCCAGAAAAUCUCUUUCGCCAGCUUUGGAGCAUGCUCUCGGAGCGGUCCACGUUAGUCCACGGCUCGAACCGUACUUUAUUCCGGUAGGAGCUUCGAGAACGGUGGUCCCCUAGUUAGGGUUUCCAAGGUGAGAAGUAGAUCUGUGAAAGUGGUUGUGGUGUAGGCACGUUAGAGAGAGAGGGAGAGGGAGAACUGGUUUGUGUAUUAAGAAAGAGAUUGAGAGAAAGAGAGAGUGUGUGUGUUAGAGAGAGGAGGUUUUUGUGGGGGGUUCUGAUGUGACCGUUGAUGGUAAUUUUCCGGCAGCCUGUGGUGGUCGUAGAUGAUGACCGGAGCUCCGGCGCGGGAUCGGAGAGGGUGGUGGCGUUUCGGUAAAUUCUCUCACAUGGAAUGGCAGAUCUUGUUAGCUACGGGAAUGCCGACCGUGACAUCGAGCAGGCAUUGAUUGCUUUGAAGAAGGGUUCUCAAUUGCUGAAAUAUGGUCGCAAAGGAAAACCCAAAUUUUGCCCAUUUAGACUGUCUAAUGAUGAAUCUUCUUUGAUCUGGCAUUCAAGUAACGGUGAAAGAAUUUUGAAGUUAGCAACAGUGUCAAGAAUUAUACCUGGACAAAGAACUGCUGUUUUCCAACGAUAUCUUCGCCCUGAAAAAGAUUAUUUGUCUUUUUCGCUCAUAUACAAUAACGGGAAGCGGUCAUUAGAUCUGAUUUGCAAGGACAAAGUUGAAGCAGAGGUCUGGAUUGCAGGCCUAAAAGCAUUAAUAUCUUCUGGAAGAGGUGGACGUUCUAAGAUUGACGGAUGGAGUGAUGGGGGACUCUACCUUGAUGAUAGUAGAGAAUUGACCUCAAAUAGUCCAAGUGAUAGUUCAAUCAGUGGUGUAAGAGAUAUUAGCUCUCCUGAUAUAGUCAAUUUCAACCCUAAUUCUUCUCCAAAGAGUUUUCACCCUGACAACCCCGUGCCUUCAGUGAGGUCACAUGUAGCGUCAGACCAGACAAAUAUGCAAGUAAAAGGAUCUGGUUCAGAUGCUUUUCGAGUUAGCGUCUCUAGUGCUCCCAGCACCUCCAGUCAUGGUUCUGCACCAGAUGAUUGUGAAGCCCUAGGGGACAUUUAUAUAUGGGGAGAGGCUAUUUGCGAUUAUGUUGUUAAGAUUGGGGCUGACAAAAGUGCUCCGUAUUUGAGCCCAAGAGCAGACGUGCUUCUCCCUAGGCCUUUAGAGUCGAAUGUAGUUUUGGAUGUACAUCAGAUUGCUUGUGGGGUUAAGCAUGCUGCCUUAGUAACAAGACAAGGUGAAGUUUUCACAUGGGGUGAAGAAUCUGGAGGAAGGCUUGGCCAUGGUGUUGGGAAGGAUGUUAGUCAACCUCGUUUAGUUGAAUCAUUGGCAACUACUAUAAUUGAUUUUGUGGCAUGUGGAGAGUUUCAUUCCUGUGCUGUUACAAUGACUGGGGAACUUUAUACAUGGGGAGAUGGUACUCACAAUGCUGGGCUCCUUGGUCAUGGUACUGACAUUAGUCAUUGGAUACCCAAGAGAAUAUCAGGACCUCUUGAGGGACUGCAAAUUGCGUCAGUAACGUGUGGUCCAUGGCAUACAGCCUUAAUAACGUCAAUGGGGCAACUCUUCACAUUUGGUGAUGGUACAUUUGGUGUGUUGGGACAUGGAGACAGGGAAAAUGUAGCAUAUCCAAGGGAAGUAGAGUCUCUAUUAGGUUUGAGGACAAUAGCUGUUGCAUGUGGGGUGUGGCAUACUGCUGCUGUGGUAGAGGUUAUUGCAACACAAUCUAGUGCUUCAUCAGGCAAACUGUUUACUUGGGGUGAUGGAGACAAAAAUCGUCUUGGACAUGGAGACAAGGAACCCCGCCUUAAACCCACCUGUGUUCCGGCACUUAUAGAUUACAACUUUCACAAAAUUGCUUGUGGACACAGUUUAACUGUUGGCUUGACCACAUCAGGACAAGUGUUUACCAUGGGAAGUACUGUUUAUGGUCAACUUGGGAAUGUCCGUUCUGAUGGAAAGCUACCUUGCUUGGUAGAAGACAGGCUUAUUGGGGAGUCAGUUGACGAAAUUGCUUGUGGUUCAUAUCAUAUAGCCAUAUUAACUUCCAGGAAUGAAGUUUAUACAUGGGGAAAGGGUGCUAAUGGGAGAUUGGGUCAUGGAGAUGUUGAAGAUAGGAAAACCCCAACUCUGGUUGAAGCCUUAAAAGAUAGACAUGUAAAGUAUAUUGCUUGCGGUUCAAACUAUAGUGCAGCUAUUUGUCUGCACAAAUGGGUGUCUGGUGCUGAGCAAUCACAGUGUUCUGCUUGCCGACAGGCUUUUGGUUUUACACGUAAGAGACACAACUGCUAUAAUUGUGGACUUGUUCACUGUCAUUCAUGCAGUUCCCGGAAAGCAACAAGAGCAGCGCUAGCACCUAGUCCUGGAAAGCCAUACAGAGUAUGUGAUGCUUGUUAUGUAAAAUUAAACAAGGUGUCAGAAACUGGCGCUAAUAACAAAAGGAAUUCUGGACCUCGACUAUCAGGUGAGAACAAGGACAGACUUGACAAGGCUGAGAUAAGGUUUUCGAAGUCUGUGCCUUCUAACAUGGAUCUGAUAAAACAAUUAGAUAGCAAAGCAGCCAAACAAGGAAAGAAAGCAGAGACAUUUUCGUUAGUUCGAUCCUCUCAAGCGCCUUCUUUAUUGCAAUUAAAAGAUGUUGUUUUGUCCACUGCCGUUGAUCUGCGGCGAACUGCUCCGAGACCAGUUCUUACAUCGUCUGGAGUAAGUUCUAGGUCUGUGUCACCUUUCUCAAGGAGGCCAAGCCCCCCACGUUCUGCUACACCCGUUCCUACAACAUCAGGACUUUCCUUUUCAAAAAGUAUUUCUGAUGGUUUGAAGAAAACAAAUGAACUUUUGAAUCAGGAAAUGCUAAAGUUACGGGCACAGGUUGAGAGCUUGAGACAGCGAUGUGAACUCCAAGAAUUGGAACUUCAGAAAUCAACAAAGAAAGCUCAGGAAGCUAUGGCACUUGUUGCAGAAGAAUCUGCUAAAUCUGAAGCUGCAAAAGAAGUUAUAAAAUCGCUUACUGCACAGCUCAAAGACUUAGCUAAAAGGUUGCCACCUGGUGUUUAUGACACUGAGAGUUUGAAACUUGCUUACCUACCGAAUGGUCUGGAUCAUAAUGGACUGCAUUACCAAGAUCUGAAUGGGGAGCGUCAUUCAAGAUCUGAUUCUAUCACUUCCACGGGGACUGAUUCUACUUUACUAAAUGGGACAGCCUAUAAUUAUUCACCCAGAGAUUCAACUGGAACUAAUGAAAUGAAUAUUCCACAUAACCGUGAGCAUCUGACAUCCAAUGGGACAGUUGACCAUUCAGACAUAAGACUUUCAAAUGGUGGAGGCAAUCAAACAGAUACUAGUAGUGUCUCUGAAGCUCUUGAUGGCAAGGAUCCUGGGCCUUUCCAAGAUGGGGAGAACGGUAUGCGAUCUAGAAAUCCUUCAAUGGCUGGCAACAAUAACCAAGUUGAGGCAGAAUGGAUUGAACAAUACGAGGCAGGGGUUUAUAUAACUCUCGUGGCUUUGCGAGAUGGAGCUAGAGAUCUCAAACGAGUGCGCUUCAGCCGAAGAAGAUUCGGAGAACACCAAGCAGAGACUUGGUGGUCGGAGAACCGCGAAAAAGUGUAUGAAAAGUACAACGUCCGCGGGUCUGAUAAGGCAUCAAUUUCUGGCCAGACUGCGCGAAGAUCAGAAGGAGCACUCUCACCUUCUUCCCAACACGCCUAGCUAGCUUCAAUGGAGGAAAGCUCUCCAUUAACAUAUUUUGUACUAUUAGUCGCUACGACAGUAUCGAGGCAAAGCAAGAUUUCGGUAUUAAGGGAAGCAAGUACCUUGUUUUUUCUUUUCUUUUUUUGGGUCACUUUUUUAGUCCUGUUCUUCUCUCUUAAUUUUUUUUCUCUUCCCAUUUCUAAAUUUAUUAUCCAUUUAAUUUCUGGGUUGCCACCCUUUAUACACCUGUUGUAUUGUAGUGUAUAUAAAAUCAUCAAUUAUCAGUUAGUCUGAGCAAAAGAAAUUUUUUCUUCUUGCUUUCACCCUUACCACCCUUUUGUUCUAGCAGAUUUACUGUCUUGCCCCACUGUUGGUUUUAAUAUAUAUCUAUUUUUUUUUACUAGAUGUAUUUUUUAGCCUUAAUAUGGAAAAAGCUUGUGAACGGCAUUAGAAUGUAACUAAUGUGACAAAAGAAAAUAUAUAUUAUGCCAAUUUGGUCAUUGUGUAUUAAAUCA